AAAGAGAAAUCCUGGCAGAGAAAGCCCCCCAGCCCCGCCUCGCUGGAAUGUACACAGAAAGAUUGGGUUAGCAAGAGGUCGGACAGGUGGGCAGGACCAGAUCUGGCGGGGCCAGGUAAAGAAUUAAGAGUUUUAAGUUUAAAUUUCUUGACUGUAGCAAAAUGGGGGAAGAGAGUAGAAUGGCUUAAGGAUGUAUGUUUGCAGGCCCGGAAAGUCACUCAGAGGUCAAGCACAUGCUUCUGGGCCGGGGCCACUUUGGCUUCUCCGAGCCGCCAAAACCGGCCUGGAGCCUCAAAUCCGCUUAAUGACGCGACGCGGCGGCAGGGCGGGGGCGGAGAGCGCGCACUCUACCUGAGGAAGCUUGGAUCUCGGCGCCCGCCGUAGACGUCGUGACAGACGCGGUCCGUUGCCUGGGAGCCAAUGAGACGCCACUCGGCCUCCACCGCUGUGAAGAGUGCCCGCGUUGGGCCUCGGUCACCAUGUCGGUGCUGGACGCGCUUUGGGAGGACCGGGAUGUCCGCUUCGAUGUCUCCUCGCAAUUGUAAGUGGGUAUAGUUGUAGCUAUUAAAGCCUCGAUAUUUAUUUUAGACAAAUGAAAACAAGACCUGGAGAAGUCCUUAUUGAUUGUUUAGAUUCAAUUGAAGACACCAAAGGAAAUAAUGGGGAUAGAGGUAGACUCUUAGUAACAAAUUUAAGAAUUAUCUGGCAUUCUUUGGCAUUACCCAGAGUCAAUCUUUCUAUCGGUUACAACUGCAUAUUGAGCAUUACAACAAGGACUGCUAACUCUAAAUUACGAGGCCAAACCGAAGCUCUUUAUAUACUAACAAAAUGUAACAGUACUCGUUUUGAGUUUAUAUUUACAAAUUUGGUUCCUGGAAGUCCUAGACUUUUUACUUCUGUGAUCGCAGUACACAGAGCAUAUGAAACUUCUAAAAUGUAUCGUGAUUUUAAAUUGAGAAGUGCACUAAUUCAAAAUAAGCAACUACGAUUAUUACCACAAGAACAUGUAUAUGAUAAAGUCAAUGGAGUAUGGAAUUUAUCCAGUGAUCAGGGAAAUUUAGGAACCUUUUUUAUUACCAACGUGAGAAUUGUGUGGCAUGCAAAUAUGAAUGACAGUUUUAACGUCAGCAUACCAUAUCUACAGAUUCGUUCCAUAAAGAUUAGAGAUUCAAAAUUUGGUUUAGCUCUUGUCAUAGAAAGUUCUCAGCAGAGUGGAGGAUAUGUUCUUGGCUUUAAAAUAGAUCCUGUGGAAAAACUACAAGAAUCAGUUAAGGAAAUCAAUUCACUUCACAAAGUCUAUUCUGCCAGUCCUAUAUUUGGAGUGGAUUAUGAGAUGGAAGAAAAGCCACAGCCCCUUGAAGCUCUGACAGUUGAACAGAUUCAAGAUGAUGUAGAAAUAGACUCUGAUGAUCACACGGAUGCUUUUGUGGCUUAUUUUGCUGAUGGCAAUAAGCAACAAGAUCGUGAACCUGUAUUUUCAGAAGAACUGGGGCUUGCAAUAGAGAAAUUGAAGGAUGGAUUCACCCUACAGGGACUUUGGGAAGUAAUGAGUUGAUCUUGAGUUGAGCUGGAUUUCUAUUUAAAGAUAUCUCAAGAUUAAAGAUACUUAGUUGCCUGCUAUAAGGCAUGGAAUAGUUUUUACUUCUACAGAAAAAGCCUUUAAAAAAGAGUUUUUUAAUGCUUAAGGAAAAACUCAUUUAUCUAUGAUUUUAUUGCCACUUUUCUAAAAAUUGUAUUUAAAAUUGUAAUCAAAAUGUAUCUGGUUUGUAAAUAUGUUUAUUUUCUACCUAAUGCUUGUAAAUUAUUAGUCUGCAGAUAUUAAAUGACUGUAUCAUGUUGGGUUUAAUAAAGAAUUUAUGCAGCACCAUUUAAUGUUUUGAAAGUAUUAUUUAAAAGAAUAAGACUAUUCUUAUGAAGUAAUCAAAGUACUGCCUUUUUGAUUAUAAAAGUCUGGUUUAAAUAAUUAUCAAAUAGCUCCAAAUGUAAGCCAACUCUAAUAUAAAUCAUAACCCUUAAACUUGUCAGGUGUAAGUGACCAUUUCUGUAAAACCUAAAAAUUAUAGUUAACUAUAGAGGAUAUCAACCCCUAAGUAAUGUUUUGGGCACUAUCUGAUAAGUAAUUUUAAUAUAGUAUUGGCAAGAAUACAUUUAUUUUUUAAGGAAAUAGUUUUAAAUAGUUUGUAAAUAAAUUGUUUGUAAAUAAAUUGACUUUC